ACGCCUUAGUCACGCCGCUUGCUAAGAUGAGGUGCGCCGUGCUGCGGAACAAGUGAAGUCGCUCAACGGUGCGCGCGACCCUUUUUUUUCCGUUGCAGGUGCGCGGCGCUACCUCGCGACAGGCAUCAAAGCAGCGCGGAGGAGAACCGAGAAAGGGGGGACCGGAGAACGCCGCGGCGAAGGGAAAUGGUGAACUGGUGAACUGGCUCCUGCGACGGUGCGCCUGUUGAGGAGGGAGCCAGUCGAGGACACGAGCCUCGUGUCCGGGCGGCCGUCAUGGACGACUCGGAGCCCGCAGACGACGGCCUGCUCUCGGGCUUGAGGUGGAACCGGAGCCCGCGGGACCAGGCUCAGCUCAAGCACAAAAUCCGGGACCUGCCGGGACUACUUAAACACGGGCUGCACCUGCGGAAGAAAAGCCAAUCACCUGACACAAUCCCUGGACCGAGUGCAGGCCCGACAGUAAAUAAGUCGUGCUCCCAGAGUUUCCCCUGCGCUGGCCGGGCUGUCAGAAACGGUUUCCUUUCCCACGGACCAUACCCGGCUAAAGACAAGAUACACCUAGCCAGAAUCAUACGGCGCAGUUAUGUGGGCGUGGAGCUGGUGCAGUGGCUGUGCGAGCAAUGCGUGUACGUGCGUUGCCGGACCACCGCCGCGCGCGUCUGGCAGGUGCUGCUGGAACUCGGCGUCCUGCUGUCCGUGGACCAGCGAGUCGUCUUCUCGGACGCCAACACUUACUACCAGUUCAGUUUUGAGGAGUGCGACUCCACCUCCUGUGAGUUUCGUGCCAACGAAGGGGACUGGCCAGAGGCUGUUAGGCUCCUCCUACAACUUGCACCGUAUGUUCAGUUUCGCUCUGCGGACAGAACCGACAGCCCGUCAGAGGAGGACUCUGAGGGAAACCGGGAUGUCUGCAGCGAGAUCCUCCAAAUGAAAGCGCUAGAAAGGCUCACGUCAACAGUACAAAGUGAGUUGGCUGCUACUCUUGCCCGAAAGACGCGCAAAGCUUUAUCAGAGCAGGACUCUGACAUGCCGGAGACGAGCCAGCAGGACGUCCACUCACCGAUUGCGGAGUGCAGCCCGCUGGGCGGCUCGUGCGUUCUGCGAAGUGGUGGAGGCAACGGCAACGGCGGCGGCGGCGGCAACGGGACCGUGUGUGGCCGUGAGGAGCUGACCAGCCGACUUGGCUUUGAGGCUGUCCAACGUCUGGCCAAGGAUGGCUGCCGACUGCUGCAGAAUCACAACUACCGCUUACCGGACAGGAGCCAGGCGGAGGCGGUCGGGCGAGUUUGUCUGAAGGAGCGAGGACGCGACGUGUUAGUGUUGCAGAGGGUGACAUCGUCGCUGACAUCGCCAUCCGAACGGCCCUCGCCCACGUCGUCGGGGGGCGGGUCCAGAGAGGAAGACAAAAGGUAUGUGGUGGUGUCCGGGACGCCAUUGAAGAUCUUGGAGCAUCUGCUAAGUGACUUGCGUCUCGAUGAGCAAAGAGGGGCGCCUGAGAGUACGGAGAGCGAAAUGCUGUUGGACGACUUCCUGUUAACCUACCUGGUGUUCAUGUCCACCUCUGACCUAUGUCAAGCUCUGCUGGGACACUAUAGCAGCGUGCGCGGCAGGGGCCAGGAGGAGGGCAAGGAUACCCUCUUCAGGAAGCGCAAGGUACUGCAAUUGGUCUCCCACUGGAGCCGACUCUACAAGGACUUCCUCAAGGAGGAGGAGCAUGUUCGGGGUUUCAUGAAGACUCUGUACAGGUGUGUCCUGGAAGAUCUCUACGAGUUCCCGACGCUCGAGAAAGACCUCAAAGAGUUCCAGAAACUUCUGCGUCGCAGACACACAGUGGAUGACCAUCCGCCAACGCAAAAGAGCAAACCAACGCACCAGCAGUUGAGUUUGAAGGAAAACUGUUUACAACUUCACGCUCCGCAAUGUGAGACGAGAGAAGUUAUUUGCUGCGUUUACGUAAGCGCCGACUCCUACCUGAGCGUCCACACGCAUCGCUCGCUGGAGGCCCACGAGCUGCUAAGAAUCGUGAGACUGAAGAUGGACAGGUCAGAAGACGACAUGGUGCUUGCUGUGGUCUCCCACACUGGAGAGCGCAGGAUGUUGCAGCCCAGCGACUGUGUGUAUUCCGAGUCCCUGACACCGCAGGGCAGGCUUGUCGUCUGCCGCAGAGAUCUGGCUGAGAUCAUGCCUCCUUUGACGGACGGCGCCGAGCUCAGCAGGAGGCCGGUUCGCCUUUUGGGGAUCAACACGUGGGACGUCGCCGCGGCGCUCACACACCUGGACUGGAGCCUCUUCAAAUCCAUCCAUGAGCAAGAGCUGGUCUACUACACCCUCAGGCGCAUUCCCGGCGGGAGCCACACGGCGGCGCUCUCCGUCCUGCUGCAGCGCUGCAACGAGGUCCAGCAGUGGGUUAUGUCCGAAGUUCUCAUGUGCACGUCGCUCAACAAGAGAGUGCAGCUGCUCAAGAAGUUCAUCAAGAUCGCCGCUCACUGCAAAGCUCAAAGGAAUUUAAACUCCGCCUUUGCCAUCAUCAUGGGCCUCAACACAGCGGCCGUGAGUCGACUGAACCAAACCUGGGAGAAAUGUCCUGGAAAAUUCAAGAAGCUUUUCGCAGAGUUGGAGCUGAUCACGGAUCCGUCUCUUAACCACAAAGCCUACCGAGAAGCUUUUAAAAGAAUGAAACCUCCAAAGAUCCCCUUCAUGCCCCUUCUCUUGAAAGAUAUCACCUUUAUCCAUGAGGGCAACAAGACGUUUCAUGACAACCUCGUGAAUUUUGAGAAGCUGCAUAUGAUCGCAGACACGGUUCGAAUGAUUCGACACUGCCAAAGUGACCAAACAGGCAAUGAGGUGAUCGGCGUCGACAGCGCAGAGUUGCGGGCAAGCGUUCACUACCUACACAUCAUUGACAAUCAACAGACGCUCUUCGAGCUGUCCCACAAACUCGAGCCGCGGGCUUAGUGCGCACGCACGUCCUCUUGGCGGACACUGAGAAGUAGCACGGCACCGAUGCGGUAACCCAAGCACUGAAAGGACGCUGUACGACACAGGUCACACACACUCCCACGCACGCCGCAAUGAAAAACCAGUUGACCACGAGGUGCCAAUUGUUUGGACUAAACCAUCAUAAAGACUUAGAGCUCAACUCUGAUUUGAGUAGAGAAGGAUGUAAUUUAUGUUGUACAGUAUAUAUUGGACUUUAUUAUUAUUAUUAUAUAUUUUUUGUGAUGCGCUUUUGGUUAUUUAUGAGCCUGUCCUGCAGGUGGAAUGUUACGUUUGUUUUGUGCUGUUGCCUCAGUGUACUGUUGGUCAACGGCGACUUGAUGGCCUCGUCAUUUCAGUAGCCCAAAAAAAAAAAAAAAGCCUAUUCAAGAGUUUCACGUGUUUGCAACCUUAAUUUACUACAUCAAGAUGUCGCCCUCAUAUUUAACGAUAUCUUAACACAAGAUGAAAGAGAUGUUCAGGAUUUUUGUCAAAGCUGCUAGAUGUAUCACGUCGAUGUUUAUUUUUGUCGUUCCUCGUGCGGUUGACUAUGUACCUCAACAGACAAGUCAGUGUUGAAGCAUUUAGCGAACAUGCUCCAUGUAUGAACACUAACGCCACUGAAACAUGUUAAUCUAUUAACACAGCGCGUGCCACUUUGACAGUGUACAGAAAGACGUUGAAGCACACUGACUGACUCUUUUAAGUCACAAGUUCUCCCCUGAGUGUGCGAUUGAUUGGGAGAUUCUAGCUUUUACUUGUCCCUGCCCCCCCCCCCCCCACGCAUGUGUUCUUCUCUCACUUCUCUCACAAUUUUACUCUGAAUUCAAUCAUUGUAUUCCCUUGAUCUGAACACUUCUGAAGUAAGUUUGAUUUGUCUCACCGUUCCAAAAACUAAUUUAAAGGCCUCCCACUCUGUCGGUGGAGGGGGACGGGGGGUCACUAUGGAAACAACCUGACCAAAUAAAGUUUCUGUAUUAUCUCCGAGGCACAGAUUACCAUGUGUCAAAUUGGUGUGCUCAGUUCAGAUUGUGCGACAGGAUUUUUUUUUUUACACUGUUAUGUCACAGGGGACUGUUUUGUUCUUCAACAUCAGUGUAACAUUAAAAAGUGGACGCCUGACACAUUGACAAUCAAAGGCGAUCCAGUAUAAGAACUGUAUCCCAAAAUUUACUGCUUCUACCGACGAUAAUGAUUGGCACUAACUAAUGGUGUCAAAAGACGUUGGUUGCACAUUUAAUACAUAGGUGUUCAUUUUUGCGGGACCAAACUACAAUUUGAAACAUGACUGCAGUUCUACGCCCGUGCUUGAAUUAAAACUUAUCUGACUGUCGAUCAAACUUGAACAAGUUAAUCUUUGUAAAGACUGAAUUUUUGAGACUGCUAUUACAAAUGACUUAAAGCCAACACACCCCUCAUUAAAUGCUAAGCGUUCUUUAUCAUUGACGACUGAGGUAAUGGCGGUUGCAGAAGUGUGCACACCCUCUUAUAAGGAGUGAUGUGGCUCUCUUGAGAAUUAACCAAACCCAUGUUAAAUUUUUCAAGCCCGUAAAGCUCGAAAUAAGUUUGCGAGGUAGUCAUGGCUCUAUGUUUUUACAAAGACAAACAGACUCCAUUUGAUGUGUGCUUUUAGUUAUUUCUUAUAAUAUGCAGUUUAUUUAUGAAUUGCUAAUGUGGCCAAAUUUAAUGCUCGAAGGUUCAGUUCAGAAGGGCCACGUACUAGGGCACUCUUCACCUCCUAAUGUGACAAAUUUGGCAUCCUAGUGGCACGUUACCACUGACCAAAUCUGUGCAAUUGUUGACAUUUGCACGCUACUCUUUAAAGUAGGAGAGGUUUUGCCUCAUUUUUAACAUGUCCUACAAAUAUGUCACAGUUGCUCUCCUAUAGGGGGCAAAGAGUGCACUAGUACACGGACCCAAGAUGAAUAUUAAGGCUAUGGAAAGCAAUAAAUAGAUUUAUCCCCAUUUUAUUCUGAGGCAUGAGAGUGACAAUGCUGUAACCGUAUUGUCGCCACUUGAGGGCGCCAGUGGAGCUAUUGUAGAGAUGAUGGUCCACUCCUGGAAGCUUCCUCUACGUGACCGUUUAUUUGGUUGUUACAAUCAUGACUGGAAUGUUUUCCUUAAAGCACCAUUUUUUGACACCUAUUUGCAUGAUACAAGAAAAAAAACCCGCAAUGCAAGGGAGGCGCAUGUCGAAGGCUUUGUAAUAUGUGUAAAUUGACGCCAAUGUACUUACUGUUCUUAUUUAUUUGUUUUCAAAUGGUAGGGCAAAGAAAAAAAAGUGAACCACAAAGCAAUACAUUCAUGUCCACUCGAUGUUCUGAAGCCACAUGUCUUUUCUAUAGAGAUGUUUUACUAUGUGGACAUUUGAACUGAAAUGAAUAAAUUAUAGGUUUUAUGUGAAA